CUAAAACAGCCAAUCGGCGCACGCCUGAAAGCGAAAAAAUAAAUUUCAACACAGGGAGCCAGCAUUCCGCCCACGGACGGCACACUGCAUGAAGAAGGAAAAGGUUUGCGAAGCCACGUGGGGAACGUGUGCACGUGCAUCUGAGCGCGUGCGAAGCCAGCUGGACCAGUCGUCAUUUUGUCAGGUGAUCAUUUCGAACACCUAGCUAUGGCCGUUUUCUACAAGAAGCUCGCACCCCAUGUUGAUAAAAUCAGAACUCCUGGAUAUAGCGAGAAGGUUUAUAAGGAUGAGUGCGUCUUCUCAUUCGACACACCGAAGUCUAAAGGAGGACUUUACGUUUGCCUCAAUACAUUUCUUGGAUUUGGGGAGAAACACGUCAAGUGGCACUACACAAAGACUGGAAAUGCAGUCUAUCUUCAUUUGAAGACUGUGAAGGUUGAGAGACAAGACAAGACUUCUUCGGACCAGGGCAAGAAAUAUGAAUACGAGCACUACAGUUCACUCGUUAUACUUCCAGACUUUGACGAAAUUCCUGUGCCUGACUCAGACCUCCCAGAAAAGGUUCAACUUUCCAUUGCACUUGUUCUUGCUGCUGACCCGGACACUGAAGACCAUGACCAUGACCAGUUUAGAACAGUGAACGAGGCGCCAUUGCCAGUCUCAAAACACAGCGACACAUUGAUACAAUUGAAUAAUGGUGUAAAGGUGGCACGCUGGGGCUGGAGAUGCGAGAAGUGCUGCCUUGUCGAGAACCUGUGGCUGAACCUGACGGAUGGCACCAUUCUCUGUGGUCCAAAGCGGUACAAAGACAGUGGAGGCUACAACCAUGCACUUGAACACUUUCGGGAAACUGGCUACCCACUUGUAGUUAAGCUGUGCACCAUUACAUCAGAUAGCGCUGUUCUUGCCGCUUCUGAUUUCAAGCAUGGCAUCACCAUCAUCCUGGAGCUCAAGAAAUGUGCUAAAAUGCAUGACUCGUGA